AUUUGUACAAAAUCAAUGAAAUGCACAUAUAAGUUAAUACAAGAGUAGUGGCAUACAGUCCAACAUCAGUAACUGUCCUAGUGGAGUGCACUGUGUCAGUUUACCUUGCUGUGAUAAUUUACAUUGACAUAGAGAUAACAACUCUUGUAUGUUUUAUUUUGUGACUCACAUCUCCAUGUUUGAUCGUGUUCGCCUGAAUAACCAGUUCUGUACAGUAACGAGUAAUUAGUUCACAUACUGAACUUGUAGCCAUGCAUUUAUCAGAGUUAUAUGAUACAAAAGUUUGUGUUUCGAUAUGUUUGUCCAUAAUAUCUGUCUAUUUAUUGUUACUUACAAUGAUAUGAGAGUCUUAAUCAAGAAUAAAGUUGAGAAUUUAAUCCCGAUGUAGAGCAAUUGCGUUAUAAUCACAACCAAGAUUUAAUAUAAUGAUCAAUAUGAAUUACUACAUAGUUAUUUGGCUGUGUUAUAUUCAUUGCUGCGAAAAUUCAAGAUCUAUGGGUGAUCAUGGUAUCAUUUCCAGUACUGUCUAAAGGACCAUUUUCAAUAGACUUGGAUAAAUCUGUUCGAUACAUUACAUAUAUUUUCAAGGGUAUCAGCUGUGGCAUUGCAGUGUCAACAAUAUUCACCAUCCUUGUACUGAUAGUAACUUCAGAUACUACUUCAACAAGUGAGGUAAUCCUAUCGAUUUGUGUUACUGCGUUUGCUGUGGCUUACUUCUACCUUUGUGUCUACCUUUACAAGGGUGUGGAAGAGCGCAAUCGUACAUGGAUCUUUCCAUGGUUUUUGGUGACUACAGUGGUGGCGUUUGCUCUCAUAAUACUGUUUUUUGUCACACUAUUUAACGGUUUUGGCAUUCUCCAGGUUGUUCUACCAUUUGUUAUCGUAUUUCUGUUCUACUGUAACUGGAUUGUAUAUAGUCUGUACAUAGACCUCGGAACAAACUUCGUGCAGGAGACUCCACCAACCCAGGUUGUGCCUUCCUAGCCACCAGAUGUUUGCCUUUGGCAAGAUAAUAAUAUUGACCAACUGGAAUUUUGGCUGGAACAUAAUUACCGGGUGUAAUUAUAGAGCAAUCAUCAACAUUUAUUAAAAUUAGAAAGAACAAUAUAUUAUGAUCUCUUGUAACAAUCUAUUAGAUACUUUAUAUACUAACAGCAAGUUCAUUACCACAGUGUUCUAAUAAUUUUAACUCUGUAAUAUAGAUAAAUGAAAAUCUCCAUUCUGAGACAACAAAUAUGAGUAUGCUAUUUUUAUAAUUUGGUUACACAAUAAGGAUUACAUUUUAUGAAAUUUACAGAACUUUUCAGAAUUUUGUUAUGCUGUCUCUGAGAUAUAGGUGCGUGCACUUUCAGCGCCAGACACUUUUCUAGGAGACUGCAAAAAGUACCAAGGUGUAUUCCCUAUGCUGUAUCAAAAUAAGCCAGGCCAGUCUUUUUAUAUUUUUACAGCCACUUACAUUAAAUGUUACAGCUUUGUUACUUUGGGAUCAAAAUACUUAAUUAUUUCAUUUCUUUCUUAAAAAUCUACUUUAAAUUGCUUAAGAACUUAUUUUAUUGUUUGGGUGGCAGCAAAAUUUAAAAUUUAAUUUUUCAUAUUCAUAAUAAAACAUUUACAAAGCUUUAAAAUAAUUGUAAUAAGUUAAGUUAUUUUACUCAUGAGUCAUGCCAUUACAAGCUUGUCUGAACGAGGGCGAUGUGCCAUAAUGUACAUAGGUAAGUUUGUGUAUAUCAUAAGAUAUUGUUCUAGAGGAAAUCCAUCAUCACCUACCAUUCUACUACUUUCUAAUAAAAAAAGUAGAUACCCACCCGAGUUUGAACCACAAAUAAACUAGUAACACUACAACAAUGAGAGUUAAAUUAAAAUUUAGCUUGUUUAUUUCUGCAUUUAGACAUAUAAAUUGAAUAAUGUACAAAUAAUAAUUUCUACUUUUCGUUUUGAUGCAAUGAAAAAGGUACCCUAAGUGUUGAAUUUUUUGAAUUAUAUGAAUAAAAGUUGUUAUCACACUGCCAUCUUAACUUUUAUUCUUGAUUGGGCGGUUCAAAAGAUUCUUUUUGGUUAUGUUAUGAAGCUGUUAAAAUCAUUAUCUUGGCUGUGUAACUUUUUAAACCAGUAUAUAUAAAACUUUAAUUUUUAACAUGGGUUUAAUUGAACUUAUAUAAUUGAUUUACCGCAUAAGGUACCUUCUCGUUGAAAUACACAAAUUGGUAGACUGCAAAGGGCUGUGUCAACGAUCCUGCAUGGUCCGCUCACAAGCAUGAUUCUAAGAAGAAGCCAUAACAAUAGUUGUUUUAACGUAUUUGACCAUUUCUCAUAAGGGCUUUGACCAGCAAUGGCUGGUUUAAAAAUAAUUGCUUACUAAGAAGUUUUUUUUUUAAUAUUUACAUUAUUUACAUUUGAUGUAUUUGAGUGGAAAUGCUUUGCAUUUAAUCAGACAUAAAAACAGUCUACAAUGUUUUGAUGAAUUGAUUAAUGAUUUUAUCCAUAUGCAAGCUAUAAUAAAACCUUACUUAAGUAAGCUAAAGGUCAUUGAACUGAAAGAGAGUUUUUAAUUCCAACAAGUUUUCCACUAUAAUUACUGUUAUUGUUGUCUAUAAUCUUAUGAAUAUAAAUAGGACUUAUUUUACAAAAAUCCAGAUUAUAGAAAAGAAAAGAAGUAAAAAUAUGGAGAUGCAUACAAUAAAAAGUGUAUUCCAGAAAUAUUCUGUAAUGAUUACAAAAUCAGUAAUAUUGAAAGCAUUAAAAUUGAUUUAUUA